AUGUUAAGCGGGCGCAAACCGCUGGGCAAGCUGGCGGCACGCCUGGAAGAGGUGAAGAACCCAUGGCGGCCGACAGCGGCGUUAGUACUGAGCCAUAACGAAACAGCUCGGCUUGCCAUGGACGCGCUGCUGGAGUCCGGAGAAAAGGGAUACCACCGGGUUCUGACUGACGAGAGAGAACUGAACUUUCUCUCCGAGUUAGAAAUUCAAUAUGUUUGCGAACACGGAGCCAAGAACGAGAGCCCCGAAAACGGCUUUAACAGUGUGGGAGAUUGUGGAGAGGGAGACACAGUAUCCGAGCUCACUUCAGGAACUUACUUUCCUAUGAUGUCGGAUGAGGAGCCACCAAUGCUGGAGCUCGGCUGGCCUGAUGUUCCCAACCGCUUCGGAGCCUCCGAGACCCAGAUCUUCUUCCAAAGAGACAAGACCCAGAAUGUCAAAGAUCUGAUCAGAUCGUUAAUCAGCAAAGCCAAGAAGGUCAUUGCCUUGGUCAUGGACGUUUUCACGGAUGUGGACUUGUUCUGUGACUUGCUUGAGGCGUCAAACAAGCGCAAGGUUCCUGUGUAUAUUCUACUUGAUGAGAAAAAUCUCCAUUAUUUCGUCGACAUGUGCAAUGCAUUAGACAUCCAGCACUCAAACCUAAAUAAUAUGCGGAUACGAAGUGUAUGUGGAGAAACAUACUGCACCAAAAGUGGAAAGAAAUUUACAGGGCAGGUACAGGAAAAAUUCAUGAUCAUCGACUGUGAAGAAGUCGUAGCUGGAUCCUAUAGUUUUACCUGGCUCUCUGCUCAUGUGCACAGCAACAUGGUUUUGCACUUUUCUGGUCGGAUUACUGAAAGUUUUGAUAGAGAAUUCCGUUGCCUUUAUGCAGACUCGCUCAUCAUUCCACGUUUUCAUAAUUCUGAAGAGGAUGAUCUUCCCUCUUACGGCUACAACAUGGCAAUGCCUAACAUGGACUUCUUUUUUAACCGAGGAAUAAGAGAGAAGGAAAAAGGUUGCUCAGAAAACUCCAGCAGCCAAUCCAGCAACAGUGUGUCCAGCGUCAAAGUAGCUCCUGGCGUAACCAAUCCAGUCUAUAAAGUCACACAGGAAAAGAAGGACACUGGCACAAUAAAGAGUCUAGAGAGGCGAGGUAUUGCAAAUCAAGGACUUAUAGGAAACCCUGUUGGCAGAGUAAAUCUCAGUGAUAUCACCCGGAGUCCAACAGCGGAACUUUCAACGUCCGGAGGAGGUCAUACAGCUGGAGUCGAGUGGUCCAAAACAACAUCCCCUGAUUUCCUUUCAAAGAACUUAGCAGGGCCAACAUCCAAGUUCCAAGCCAUGGAUCUCUACGACCACAAGAACUCGUUGUAUAGUACUUCCAAAGCAACUCCAACUCCUCCUGUUAUGGAAAACAAAAUGAUGCCCAAAGUCCGGAGUCCUACUAAUCCUUUUUUUAAAGUUGUAGAUCUCUUCAACAGUUCAAACAAAGACCCCUACUUGUUCUUAAAUAGGUCUCCAUAUACUACAGCCUUUGGAGGUCCAGAUCUCUCACAGAAUGAGCCUGAGAGUACUCAAAGUCCUCCUCCACCAGCACCUUUGCCGAAGGAACGAGUGGUUCCGGAGAGCAAAAUCACUCGAGGGGAUGAGAAGCGUUUGACACUUGGUCACAGUAAACUGGACAUGGUCAAUCAGUACAACAAGGCUAGACCGGUGUACAGCCGCUUCGAGCUAAACUGAUCUUUAUCGUUCAAAUAGUGUUGUAGGUUUCCUUUCCGUACCUUUUCUUUUUGGGCUACAAUGUCUUUUUGUUUUUCAGAUAUCAACUAUUCAGUAAAGGGAAAGAACGAACCCUUUUUGCUAACAUAUGUUUUACAAUGGAUAGAAAUGUUGGCUGUUCGUUCAUAGGUUUACAAUUUAUGCAUUUAGCACUGUACAGUUUUGGCUGUAAAUAACAUGCAUCACUUGAUUGGUGCAUCUUACAUUCAAGGUGUUGUACCUUGUAUUUAUUAUGGCGAACAGAUGGUAUUAAUCUCCUCAUGGAGCUGUUCUUUACAUAAUUUGGGAUAUUCCAUUCCCAAGGUUGCAGUCUUUCAGACAUACAUGUGUAUUUAAAUUAGAUGAGCUGUGAUUUUUGAUAUGCCAUAUUAAAAGUUAUUGUAGUUGCUACAAUAAAAAUACCUGCUAUGCAACUUUAAAUCUAUACUCUAAAAAUUAAAUUUACAGUUGAUUUGUAA